UGUAAUAGUGUAUUGGAGCAGGAUUAGCCGAUGCUUCAAUUACACUUCGACACUCCAACCGGUGUCAUAGACGGGUGCACAUUGACCACGUUGUAGAUUUUCUUGUUCUAGGAUGCGGUUUGCAAUUACCGGGCGUGGAUGGCCGCGGUGUCUCUAUCAGAGCGUACAAUUGAGGAGGAACAGCACAUUGAGACGAAACUCUUCAAAAGCGGGUAGAAGCAAGAGUGGUUCGAAUUCUAAAGAUGCCGUCGACAAUGUUGAGUCAAUGUCUUUUCCACAAGCUCUGAAGAUAGGUGAAGAGAAGUUUCCGUUUAGUAAGGCGAUAAAACAGAAAUUGCAUCAUGUCUUCGGAUUGGAGUCCUUUCGCAAACAUCAGUUGCUGGCCACGAACGCAACCAUGUUAGGACACGAUACCUUCAUCCUAAUGCCUACGGGUGGAGGAAAAAGUCUUUGCUAUCAACUACCCGCAAUUGUCAGUAAAGGGGUCACGGUGGUGAUAUCCCCGCUUCUGUCUUUGAUCCAGGAUCAGGUUUCCGCAUUGUUAGCGAAAAAUAUCAGUGCUUGUCAUAUCACAGCCGAUGAAGAUGCAGCAACGAUAUAUACGCGACUACGGAAACCGGAGUGUGAUGGAAUAAAACUCGUAUACAUCACACCAGAAAAGUGCGUUCAAAGUGCCGAAACACGUCAAACUCUGGAAUUUCUUAAUGCACACGGUUUGCUAGCAAGAGUGAUCAUUGAUGAGGCGCACUGCGUGAGUCAAUGGGGCCACGAUUUCAGGCCGGACUACAAAGAGCUUGGAUUCUUCAAAGACAAGUUUCCCAAGGUACCUAUCAUGGCACUCACGGCAACGGCCACGCGUAGGGUUACAUUCGAUGUGGCGCGUCAGCUAAACCUGAACAAAAACUAUGUAAUGCUAAAACAAGGAUUCAAUCGGCCGAAUCUGCAUUACACAGUGACGCGCAAAAGUGGAGAGAGCAUCAACGAAAUAGCUCGGAAUAUCAAUUCGAAGUACGAUGGCCAGUGUGGAAUUAUUUACUGUUUCUCUCGGAAUGAUACUGAGAGAACUGCCCAGAUUUUGCAGGAUAAGAAUAUCAGCGCUGCACAUUACCAUGCUGGCAUGUCACCGAAGGAUCGGCGCCAAAUUCAAGAUGAUUGGUAUCAGGGCAGUACCAAAAUUAUUUGCGCCACCAUAGCCUUCGGUAUGGGCAUCGAUAAGCCGGACGUACGAUUUGUCAUACACUACACCAUGCCUAACUCGAUCGAAGGAUACUAUCAAGAAAGUGGGCGCGCAGGCAGAGACGGUUUGCCAGCAGAUUGCAUCCUAUAUUACAGUUACAACGACAAAACCAAGCUGGAGGCAAUGAUAGAACGCAGUGAGACACUGGGAAGAUCGCAGCAGUUUGCAAAGAAAGACCAGUUGCGAGAAGUGGUGAAGUACUGCGAGAAUGUAGUGAAGUGUCGCCGGCUACUCGCUCUGAGUUAUUUCGGCGAUAACUUCAAUUCGAAGGACUGUGGGAAUUCAUGUGAUAAUUGUAUAAAUGAACGGCUGCACAAAAAGGAAGAUCUAACUAAUCUCAGCAAGCAGUUCGUUCAAUGCGUUAAGGAUGUGAAGUACCUGGACGUCACACUCUUGGCGUUUAGAGACAUUCUUCGCGGGUCCCAAAGCCAAAGUGUACGUGGCUUUGGACGUAACAAGCUUCAAUCACAUGGCUGUGCUAAGGGUGUGUCGAAGGAAAACUGCGAACGACUGCUUCGUCAUUUGAUUAUGGAAGGGUUUCUUCGCGAGAGAACAGUGGUACACUUUCAGGGGAAUAUCGCAUGUUAUCUUAAGUUGGGCGAGAGAGCCUCUAGCUUACUAGAGGGCAAAGCGAACGUGCUACUAGAUUUGAUGGAUCCUAAGGCCUUCGCGAAGGCGAGAUUAUUGCCAGAUACGGAAAGUUCUCAGGUGAAGAAAGUGGGGAAAGGAAGUAAAUCAACGCCAAGAUACGCUGGCAACCAAACAUUCGCCGUCAAGCACGCCAAAAACCAUCCCACUUCAUCCUCAGACAAAUCAUCAAAAUCAUUUCGCUCCAGCUAUGCCGAUGGAGCUAAGAAGUAUGUUGCCUUAUCUCAUCCUGCUCCGCUUACAGCAAAAAGUAAAUCAUCCAGCUAUACGAGCUAUCUAAAGAAAGCAUCCAACUACUAUUCUAUACCUAAGCCCGGUCCUCCCUCAAACGAAACAGCAACGCCGAAGUAUGCCAGGUAUAUCAAAAGCGCAGCCAGUCACAGAGUAAAACCUCAGCCUGGCUGACUUUAAUAUUCAACAGCAGUACCAGGGUACACUAACCUUACAUCAAUAGCCACUGGCAGAAUAUAUUAUUUAGGUCGCACCUCAAAACAUCAUUUAUUCCAAACUACACGAUCGAAACUGAAAUUCUUGCAAGACCGUCAUCUCUAGCAUCACAAAUAUUAGACCUUACCUGCGAUGAGUGACCUAUAUAUACGCUAUUUAAAUAGCUGGCAGCUGCGAAAGUAUCGCUUCGUAUGUCCAGGUUCAUAUACUUUGCACAGCUGUGGUGAGCUAUAUCAUACACAGUUUAUUUCCCAAUAAUGAGUGUAUCCCACCUUUUUGGCCACUGUGCCAGUUUUGACAAGUCUUCGAUCACCAACACUUGUUUUUUCGCUAGUUGAAUACCAGCAUUUUACGAAAAACAAUCCAGCUGAAACGUUUCUGCAUUAAAACAAAUCUUCUCGACCACCCGUUGUCACAGUUCAAUGAAAGAAAAAGGAGUAAACUG